AUGUCUUCACCCAUCGUUGAGACGGAGAAGGAAUCAGAGAUAAAGCCCUGCCAGAAAUUUGAAGGACACACCAAAUGGCUCCAGGGUGCCAUACAUUUACCGGGCGGACAACGGAUGAUGACUUGUUCAUUGGACGGCUCGCUGCGGAUAUGGAACUUGAAGAGUGGGAAACAGAUAGGAGAGGACUGGCGGGACGGGGAUGACGAAGUGUGGAUGAUAGCGUUGUCUCCGGAUGGGAAGGAAGUGGUUAGCGGAAGUUCGGAUGGUGCAAUGAGGUUGUGGGACAUCGACACUUGCAAAGUUAUCGCGAAAUUGACAGGACACACAGAAACUGUGAGAUCUGUCUGCUGGAGUCAAGAUGGUCAGCGAGUGGUGAGCGGAUCAAUGGAUGGGACUGUAAGGGAAUGGGAUGUGGAGAAGGGAGAGACGAUCCUCGGUCUAAUCGAGACUGGGCACAAAAAGGUGUUCACAGUGAUCUACUCGCCAGACAUGACCAUGCUUGCAACUGCUGGAUGGGACGGGUCGAUUCAUGACCCCAAGUGCUCAGUCAAAAUCUGGGGUGCGAAGACGCGCAAACUUGUCGUUACUCUCAAAGGACACACAAAUUCGGUGGUGUGCCUGGCUUGGACUCCAGAUGGGAAAACGCUUAUCUCCGGGUCAACCGAUUACUCGAUUAGGACAUGGAAUACUUCAAACUGGAAGCAAAUCGCUGUACUGGAUGGGCACACCAAUAAUAUCUUUGGCAUUGCAAUAUCUCCGAAUGGCCGCAUCCUCGCAAGCGCGUCCUGGGACGUGGCUGUCGUGUCGUUUUCAGCAGAUGGAAAGCUACUAGCCACUUGCUGCGAUGACAAAAACGCGUAUACUUGGGAUGUUUCUGCGAUAUUAAAAGAAGCUGGCCUCGACGACCUUCUUUUGGACAAGCCCGACAAGUCGCUACUGGCUACUGAUGCUACACGCCGUCCUGUCCGCCAGCCAAUCAAGGUCGCAAAUCGGGUACCCCAAGGUUUUUUUGGCGACAUACCUGAUCGCGCUCACUCUUCUGCACAACACCAUCGAUCAUCACCUUCGCAUAGAAGCACGCUUCUUAGUCGGUUUUUAUCUUUCUUCCGCCCUUCACACCGCGAUACACACGAUACGCUAUCCCGACCCCGCCCGUUCCAUUGGGUUCGAAACCGUCUCUUUGCUAGACUAAGCGGCGCAGAUAUCGAGUUACACGAGCGUCCCUCAUCAGUAGUCGACGUCCCAUAUGCCAAAGGCAAACGUAGAAACGCCUCAGCAAGGGAGAGACGAAAGCUAAUCCUGAAAAUUCCUACUGCGGGAAGCUUACGCCCUCCCGAUAGCGCCGUCACGCAGCAACCCAGUGGCACAGCUCAAACUCAGUCUUCGCAACCCCAUCCUGCCGUCUCCACCUCCAACGCACCUCCCGUUGCGACUUCAAAUACAAAUCCUCAUGCAACGAUUAAACACGCUGGUCGCUGGGCUCGUUUCUGGCUCUUUGUCUGUUGUACCGCUCCUGAGUAUACCGAUGCCCUUCAAGCUAACAUCCUCCUCUCCCUACUAUUCAUGGCUUCUUCCUGGUAUUUCAUGGCUCUUCCUGGCCCUCCUUCAAGUUGUUGGCCCUCUUUCCUGGUCCUCUUCCUUCCUGGCCCUUCUCCUUCCUGGCCCUUCAUGGUUCCUUCCUGGUCCUUCCUGGUCCUGUAUGGCUCCUCCCUAGCCCUCUUCCUCCCUGGUUCUCCCUCCUGGCUCCUCCUGGCCCUUACCUGGACCCUCUCUGGCCCUUCCUGGUUCCUUCCUGGCCCUCCUUCCUGGCCCUCCUUCCUGGCCCUUCAUGGCUCAUCCCUGGCCCUCCUCUCUGGUCCUCCCUAG